GUUUACUAUUUUUGCGCGCGGCCACUGUGCUUAAAAAUAAGUUUCGGGACAGAAGUUUUUUCGUGCAAUUAGUUAGUUUAAGAUUAAGGUGAGAUUCCACCGUAAACAUUUGUAUUCCUGUUAACCUUAUUUACCUGAUUGCUUAUUCUGUCGAUGCUCGUCUAGGUUGAUUGACAUGGUUGAUGAUUAACCCUCAGGAGUUUGAACUUCCGCAGCAUCACUAGUUUAGAGCGAUUAGGGACAAAAUCUAUUUGAGUUCUCAAGAUCAGACAGGCAAGGCGGUCUUGACACAUUUUUACUGGUUAGGAUUAUGUUGGCCAUACUAUCAGGAGUUGUAGGAUUAUUGUUUUUGCUAUGGAUGUUCUAUGACUUUUUAUGGCCACCACCUGUAUUUGUUGAGAGACAACUUGGUAAACCAGAUCUGCCAAUUGAGUACAAUUUGGUACACACUGCCAAAAAUAUUCCUAGGUUGGCCGGAAAACAAUUGCUCUUCAGUAAAUGGCUUGGGAGAACUGGCCUGGGAAAUGUUUUGAAAAAGAUUGCAUUUAGAAAAGCAGGGUUGGACUUGCUUAUAAGAAUCAAAAUACCUGAUACUCCAACAUUAUUUCCUUUGCCUGAGCCUCAUCAACAUAGAAAGAGCUAUGAACCUGUUGACUUUGACAAAUUGAUUGAGGAAAGCAUUGAAAAACCAAAAGAAUCUUCCUUCAAGUUUGUAACCAUUCCAAACCUCAUAAAGGAAUACAGGUCACACACAGUCACUCCAAUGCAGAUAGCAGAAAGAGUGAUAGAGAUCAUUAGUGACACAGAAAAACAGAACCCCAAAUUGAGAGCCAUUGUCCAGCAUGACAAAGAUGAAAUUUUGAAGAUGGCAGCAGCAUCUACCAAACGAUAUGCUGAGGGUAAUCCAUUGUCUUUUGUGGAUGGGAUUCCUGUGGCUGUGAAAGGGGAGUAUCAUGUGGCGCCAUACUAUACUCGUUGUGGCACCACAUUUAUGGGGAAGACACCUUCAACAGAAGAUGCUCACAUAGUUAAGAAGCUGAGAGAUGGAGGAGCAAUCAUUAUUGGUAUAGCUAACAUGCAUGAGUUGGGAAUUGGGACUACAGGAAACAAUCCAAACAGACUUCAUGGAAUUCCAAGAAAUCCGUACAACGUGAAUCAUUACACAGGAGGGAGUUCAAGUGGGUCUGCUGUGGCAGUGGCUGCAGGCUUGUGCCCAAUCGCUUUAGGAACAGACGGUGGAGGUUCUAUUCGUAUUCCAGCGGCAGCAUGUGGAGUGGUUGGAAUAAAAGCAUCUUGUGGCCGCAUAAGCACCAGUGGAGAAGUUCCCCUGGCACAUACCGUUAGUUAUGUUGGACCUCUUUGUGCCACUGUGAGCGAUGCAGCCUUGGUGUAUGCAUUUUUAGCUGGCAAAGACGAAGAGGACCCCAAAACCCUUGGUCAGCCGGAUGUGACUCUGGAAGGAUUUGAAAACAUCUCGACCCUCGAGGGAAUAACACUUGGUAUCGACUGGAAGUACUUUAGGGAUUGCGAUGAAGAUGUUUACAAAGAGUGUGAAAAAGUUGUGAAGUAUCUGGAGGAUAUAGGGGCGUCUGUGGUGGCAAUUCAGAUUCCUGAGUUGAUGGAGACGGUAAGCGCUCACGGAAUCAGCAUCAUUUCAGAAAUGGCGGCUGGUUUGGAGGAAGAGUUUGACAAAUAUUAUAAUGAACUGAACCCGGAGACUGCAUCUAAUUUGGGUAUGGCGCGACUUGUUACUGCUCGGCACUACUUCCAGGCCCUGAAGCAGCGAACAAGGUCCAUGGCUUUCUUGAAAAAGAUUUUUGAUGAGGAUGGUGUUGACUGUAUUUUAACCCCAGGACUUGGAAUGAAAGUACCCAGAAUCCCUGACGAUGCUUUAGAAUAUGGUGAAGGAAACCUCAUGACAACUACGCAAAUGAUGAGGUAUAUGGGAAUCGGAAAUUUUACCGGUGUUCCAGGGAUGACCCUUCCAGUUGGUUACGAUGAUCAAGGCCUUCCGAUCGCCUUGCAGAUUAUGAGUUCCUGGUGGAAUGAACAUACCAUGUUGCGUGUGGCGCACGCUGCAGAGGGCUUUGUAACCAAAAAGAAACCACAGGUGUAUUAUAGCCUGCUGGAAUAAUGGACUCGAACAACGACUUUUUUUUUAACUUUUCUCCUGAAGCGCUAAGCGUUAUGUGAUGCUUUUGUCACGAGAAAUUACGCGACCUUGUUGUGUUUCUGUCCAUCUUGAACCUGGGGAUGUAGCUAAUCAGAAAUAUUUUGUAAUCUGUUCAGGGAACAUAAUUUUAUACAGAAUUGAAUCUUUUUUUUUUUGUUGCGGUAUGGCUUAAUUUUUGAAAGGUAUGACAAUUUACAGACCUCAUGGGAUGAGAUGGUUGUUUGUCUGAGUAACAGAUGAUCUUUCGGGCGCCUAAUGAAAAUAAAGGUGAAGAAUCUACGAAA